AUGAAUAAACCACGUUUGAAUUUUCCCAAGCCCCCCCAUCAGUACAGUGUUGGUGAUUUGCAGAGUGCACUAAGCAGUGCUGCGCAGAAUGGACAACUUGACCUCAUCCAAGAACUGAUCGGUAGAGGAGCCGAGGUGAACAAAGUUGAUAAUGACGGUAGAACUGCAUUACAGCUAGCUGCACUGAAUGGUCAUCUUGAUGUCACUAAAUACUUGAUUAGCCGAGGAGCCGAGGUGAAUAGCGGCGGAAAUGAUAGUGUGACUCCGUUAUGUAUAGCUGCAGGGACUGGUCAUCUGGAUGUAACCACAUUUCUGAUCAGUCAAGGAGCCGAAGUUAAUAACGGCGGAAAUGAGAGUUUGACCCCAUUACAUCUAGCUGCAGAAAAUAAUCAUCUUGAUGUGAUCAAAUAUCUCAUCAGUCAAGGAGCUGGAGUGAAUAAAGAUGAUAUUAAUGGUUCGACCCCAUUACAUCUAGCUGCUUAUGGUGGUCAUCUGGAUGUAACCACAUUUCUGAUCAGUCAAGGAGCCGAGGUUAAUAACGGCGGAAAUGAGAGUUUGACCCCAUUACAUCUAGCUGCAGGAAAUGAUCAUCUUGAUGUGAUCAAAUAUCUCAUCAGUCAAGGAGCUGGAGUGAAUAAAGAUGAUAUUAAUGGUUCGACCCCAUUACAUCUAGCUGCUUAUGGUGGUAAUCUUGAUGUCACCACAUUUCUGAUCAGUCAAGGAGCCGAGGUUAAUAACAGCAAAAAUGGGGGUAUGACCCCAUUACAUGAAGCUGCACGGAAUGGUAUUCUUGAUGUCACCAACUUUCUGAUAAGUCAAGGAGCUGAAGUGAAUAAAGAUGAUAAUGAGGGUUUAACCCCAUUACAUCUAGCUGCUUAUUGUGGUUAUUUUGAUGUCACCAAAUCUCUCAUCAGUCAAGGAGCUGAGGUGAAUAACGUUGGUAAAGAUGGUUUUACCCCAUUACGACUAGCUGCAUGUAAUGGUCAUCUUGAUGUCACCAAAUGGCUGAUAAAUCGAGGAGCUGAAGUGAAUACAGGUGAUAGUGUGGGUUGGACUGCAUUACAUUUAGCCGCUUUUAAUGGUCAUCCUGAUGUGACCAAAGAACUAAUCAAUCAAUGUGCUGACUUUAACCACACCAAUUAUGAUGGUUGGACUGCAUUACAUGCAGCUGCUAAUGAAGGACAUCUUGAUGUUGUCACAGAAUUAAUCAGUCAAGGAGCUGAUGUUGAUAAGGCUAGUGACAACGGAUGGUCAGCAUUAUAUCUUGCUGCAGCUGCUGGUCGUGUUCGUGUUUCAAGUGCUUUGCUUAGUCAGCAAGCUGAGCUGGCCACAUCAAAUAUAAUUCAUUGGACGGAGUUUCAUUCCGCUGCAGAGAGAGGCGACCUUGAUGCCAUGAAAGAUCAUGUCAGUCAAGGAGCCAAGCUGAAUAAAGCUGGUUCUUUUGGUUGGACAGCCUUACACAUUGCAGCAAGUAAUGGCCAUCUUAAUAUGACAAAAUAUUUGCUGAGUCAAGGAGCAGAUGUGAAUUCUAGCAAUGACUUUGGUAGGUGUGCCUUGCAUAGUGCCGCAGAGAAAGGGAACUUGGAUGUCGUGGAAUAUCUGAUCAGUGAAGGGGCCGAUAUGAAUAAGGGAAAUGACUGUGGAUUGACUGCCCUACAUUUUGCAUCAUCGUCUGGCCAUUUAGAUAUCGUCAAAUCCCUCAUCGGCAGAGGGGUUGAGGCAGAUAUUCGCAAUGCAUAUGGAACCACUGCUCUUCAUUAUGCUUUAUUUAAUCGUCGGAUCGACAUUACGAAGUAUCUGCUUAGCCAAGGCUCUGAACUGAUUAAGAGAAGCGUUCGGAACUCCGUCAUCUUACAAUUUGAUGGACAGUAUGGUCAUUAUGAUGUUGUGCGAUGUGUGCAGAGUCGUGUAGGUCACGCAGUUAGCAGAUUCAGGGAUUCUUUCACUGUCUUUAGAGGUACUCCAGAAAGUGAUCUUGGUAGAACCAAAUAUCAAGAUGGCGAUGAGGAUAAGACAGUUAAAGGGGGAAUGGUUAUUGUGAAAAUGACACGUAUAUCGUCUGAUCUUAACAGUCAUGAAGAUCUUCUUGUAAGUGAAGGAGGCAGAACAGCUGGUAGCACAUCAUUACAAUAUGCUAUAAAAGGUGGCAAUCUUGCAGUUGUUCGGUAUCUGAUUACUCAAGGAGCUGAAGUGAACGAAAGCAACAAUGCUGGCUGGACUGCUCUUCAUGUUGCUGCGCAAGUGGGUCGUCUUUUUAUUGUAGAUUAUCUACUUGAACAGGGAGCUGAAGUAAACAAAGGAGACUUCGAUGAUAUCUCGCCUUUGCAUGUUGCUGCAUUUGUUGGCCAUUGUGAUGUUACCGAGCAUUUGGUUAGGCGAGGAGCAGAGGUCAACGGCGCCACCAAUGAGAAAGGUUCAACAGCCCUACAUGUCGGAGUGCAGAACGGGCAUCUUGAUAUCACAACAUUUUUGCUCAACCACGGAGCCGAAAUUGAUGCGACAGACAAUGAUGGUUGGACUCCCUUGCAUAUUGCUGCUCAGAACGGUCACAUCGAUAUCAUGAGGUGUCUACUUCAGCAACUUGCAGAUGUUAACAAGGUUACCAAGAAGGGAUCAUCUGCAUUGCAUUUGUCUGCUGCAAAUGGACAUACCGAUGUCACAAGAUAUCUAUUAGAGCACGGAGCUGGAGUAAAUCUGAGUAAACCUGAUCAGACUGCGUUGCAACUCGCCGCAGAACAAGACCAAGUUCAUGGAGCAAGUUCAGAUGCGUGGUGUGCUGAAGGGCAGAAACACCCUUUCCCCCCAAAUGGCCAUGCAGACACUGAGGCUUUAACAGAAGAUGAGAAGAAGGUUGUUGGACAACAUGCUGAGAAAGGCUGCACAGCAGUUCAUUUAGCCACGCGGAAUGGCAACACCUCCAUCAUCGAGACAUUAGUUUCCCAUGGCGCUGAUCUCAACAUCCAGUCCAUCGACGGAGAGACCUGUCUUCACGAAGCCAUCAGACUUUGUGGUAGGAAGGACAUCAACGUUGAAGCAACACCAGUACUCCAAAAGAUCUCAGCAGAGUUCUAUCAGAAUGAAUUGUCUCCCAAGAAGGCCCUGGUCUUCUAUCUCUUGGACCAUGGAGCAAAGCCGGACAUCAAGGAUAACCAAGGCAACCUACCAGUCCACUAUGCCAAGGAUGAAAUCACUCGCCAGAUGAUAUUCUCAAGGUAUCCUGCCAUGGACAUCAUCAGAGCUGAUCGAGGUAACACUCUGUGUUAA